UGAUCGCUAUGCAUUCGUUUUCCUCGCAGUGGGCUCUUUUGUGAACAUGCACUGGGUCGAAUUGUGUGCUGGUCGCCGGGGGGUUUAAGUUUAAUGUAUUUGUAUGCAGCUUGUCACACAAUGCAGACGUCAUCUCCACAUGCAGGAUCAGCUUUGGGUAUGUUUUUCCCUCCCUGGAUCCUAUCGCGCCCAGUCGCUUGUGUUGUGAACACUAGCCGACACGUCGACUGGUAGUUGGAAAAUAACUUGGUAUUAAUUCCACAUAACAACUCUGGCUCGGUUGCGCGUUCCUCUGUAUUCCCAACUGUGUUUCUCUCGUUCGGUCAUCGCGGGGUCCCUGUCGCCGAUUGCUUCUUGCAAACUUGGGAGCUGGAUUCGCCCCGAGCUGCUGUGCCUUGAGACGGGUUGUGAUCUUCGUAGGAGGCGCCUGUGUUUGUUUAAUUGCUGGCGGCGCACAUGCACGGGCGUCCCCACCGCAGACUAAAGACUGACUUCAAAAAAAGCAAUCUCGUCUGGCAAAAGGAGAGGGGGAAAAAACGGAGUGUGAAAGGAGGAAAGAGCAGGUGAGAUUUCACCGAGCGGACGAGGAAGCCCGUGCUGGACAUUUAAGGAGGCGAUGCUGCUGAUUAUUUCACAGACAAUGAACAAACACAUCACAGCACAGGUAUGAAUAAUCCUCGGAAAUAUUCGGAAUCAAGACUGUAGUCACUGAUGUGCUGAAUUACGCAUGAACUGAUCUAAUUUUUUUCCACCAUGCUCAAGAAUUUUUCGAGUUAUAGUGACAGCUGGUUUAAUCCCCUAAUUAUCAUGUAGUAUUUUGAUUUUUUUGAUUUUUUUAAAAAGGAAAGCCAGCUUUUAGAAAUAUUUAUUUGGCAUUUGACAUAACGGAACGAGCCACAUAGCCGCCACCAUGGGACUGUGACCCGGGCUGCGAGCUCUGAGAGGCGGCUGUUUGAAUAGUCCGUGCUCCGAGUGCAGACUGGACCUGUGCAGUUGUGACAUUUUGAGCCAUGGCUGCUGCUAUCGCAAGUGGGCUGAUCAGACAGAAAAGACAGGCACGGGAGCAGCAUUUAGACCGACCCUCCACCAACCGACGGAGAAAGAGCCCCAACAAGAACAAGGGGCUCUGCAAUGGGAACCUGGUCGACAUCUUCUCCAAAGUGCGCAUCUUCGGCCUCAGGAAGAGGAGACUACGGAGACAAGAUCCCCAGCUCAAGGGUAUAGUGACCAGGUUAUAUUGCAGGCAGGGAUACUACUUGCAAAUGAACCCCGAUGGCUCUCUUGAUGGGACCAAGGAUGACAGCAGUAAUUCCUCUUUGUUCAACCUUAUUCCUGUGGGCCUCAGAGUUGUCGCCAUUCAAUCCGUGAAGACAGGGUUAUACAUCGCAAUGAACGGGGAGGGCCACCUGUACACAUCAGAACUCUUUACAGCAGAAUGCAAGUUCAAAGAGUCGGUGUUCGAGAACUACUAUGUGAUCUACUCGUCCAUGUUGUACAGACAACAGGAAUCGGGAAGAGCUUGGUUCUUAGGGCUCAAUAAAGAAGGCCAAGCCAUGAAAGGGAACCGAGUGAAAAAAACAAAACCAGCUGCUCACUUCCUGCCCAAGCCAUUAGAAGUUGCCAUGUACAGAGAGCCAUCUUUGCAUGAUGUUGGAGAGACAGUGCCCAAGGCAGCAGUACCUCCCAGUAAAAGCACAAGUGAGCCGGCAGUGAUGAACGGAGGGAAACCCGUCAGCAAGCCCGACAAACCCACCACAUAGCCACGCCAGUGCCUAGUGUAUGUGCAUGUGUUGGAGGGGAGGAAUGCGACGGAGACAGGGCUUUAUCCAACUAGACUCCAGACCCUUCUGCAGAUCCAGGCGAACCUCCCUUUCUUUCUUCUCUCGCUCCUCCUUUUUCUCCACCUCAUUCUCUCAAAUUCUCCAGCUGCCUCAGCACAGGCAGAUGGAUUCCUGAGGUGGCCGACUUCAUUCAGCCCAGGAGGGACGUGCGUUUCACAAUGACGCUUCUGGUACUUUGCUUGAUGAUGAUUCCCCCUAAAAACCUCCCCCUUGUCUAUGAUGCCCUGUUGCAGCAGAGUCUGUGUACCUUCAGAUCUAUUUUCUAUACCACAGUUCACCAGCUAUGUUCUGGGAUAGAGACUGUAUAGAUAGAGUAACUAUUUGGACUGUUGUCCUCUAUUUUUUACAAGUGCGUCCCCCUCUCCCUUUAUUUCUAUCUUUAGUCACACUUUUCUCUUUGUCAAGUAACCUAGAAAACAUUUUGCAAGGGGGUUGCGUGAUUUUCUAAGAAACACAUGAACACAAAUGUGGCAUAAAAAGCAAAGACAUGUGGAAAGGAGUCCAAAUUUUCUUCUUGCCUACAAUAUGCACACACUCUAAUAGACAGACACACAAAGUUUGUGUUGAAAAUCUGAGAUAUUUUUUUUUUUAAACAGCCAAUAAAACACGCUGGAGGCUGGCAGAUAGCUCCUGCAAUCAUAGCUGAUGAAGUGCUAAUUACCGCCACUGCAAUCAAUGCGAGGAGCUCCCUACACACAUACAAACACACAUACACAUUUAUAAACAGAUGUGUGUGUGGGUGGGAGAGCGCUGUAAGGAAUGGUGUAUACAUAUCACUAUCUAGGUCCCACCAGCGGUUCUGUCCGCCUUCUCUGGUAAAUAGAAAAUCUGAAGUCUAUUUUUCUUUAAUCUUAUUUCAGAGCGUGGGCUCUAGGAAUAUCUCUAGGCCUUGUAGGCCUCUGUCCCUCACUCACCGACUUCUUUGGACUAUGAGGCAAGGCUUGUGGCUUUGACCCAGAUGGUCUAUAACUCCAGCACUGGCAGCCACCUUACAGCAGUGUCUACAUAAAGCCAGAAAACAACAUGGCUGAAAACCAGUAGGUGACAUUUACACUGGCUGCAUCCCUAUUUGGUUCAGCAAGCUAAAGCAUGGACAAGGUUAAUAUUGUGUUCUCUCUUCUUGCAGCAGAUAUACAAGAGAUGGCUUAUAUUAUAACAUUUUCACUGUAUAAAACUUAGGGAAAAUGACUAUUAAAAAUCAUAACUUUUUAAAAGACUAGAUAUUAUUAUUAUAAUGAGAGAAUUUGUCUUCUAGCUCAGCAUGCAGAGUCCAGUUCUGAUCAUCUUGGCCUAUCACGUGCCUGUUUGGACCUUGAUUCCCGGCAUGCAAAAACAAGUUCCCAGUCCCCACUGGGCCAAAGGUGCCUCACCCACCCUAUACAUCCAUGUAGACGACACGUAGCAUUAUUCACUGAAAAAAACACACUCAGAUGUAUCCAUUCUGAAAUGACCAAAGUCUUUUUUUCAUCCCAAGAAGAACUGAUUCUUAAAAAAAAAAAAAAAAAAAA